AUGGAGACAUCGAUACCUAAACACGCUGCUGCCAGCGGGCCAUGGCCGAAUAAGGAAUGGCAUCAUUCGUUGAGAAAAGCGCCCAUAGAACGACUUCCUGUCGAACUGAUACAGAAAAUAUUCUUUGAAUGUCUAGAAAUCAAUCUUCCCAGAGCCUCUCUACCCGUAGCCCUCUCCUUGUCUAACAACGUUAUCUUCACCUGGCUCAUCCGGCUUGCCUUCACCAGCAGCAAUGAAUCCGCACGGACUGAUUUCUUUACCAAAGUCUACCUCCCUUUCGACUACUUCUCCCUGACUACUGAGCAACGAGCGACCCUACAAACUGAACUCCUUAAGUGCCGGUGGUGUAGCUUACCCCUAAUGCGGAAAUGUCAGCGGGAGCACGUUGAACACGUCCUCCGUCAAAAAUGCAGUCAUCUCAUCAUCUCUCCCACGGGCCGCCAACAGCUAGAAAACCUUGAGCCAUACUGGCAGUCCAUGAACCGCCUCGACACCCGAUCUCCAGGGAGCCGGGGUAGCGGUAACCUUACUAUCAAAGCCCAGGAGCCUCAACCACCUCAGCAAGACAAGGCGCAACAAGAGAAUGACACGACCGCGACCAUAUCUUCCACGCCCAUGUCCACACCCACACUCAAUGCCGAUAACAACCCCCCCGGCACGAGCAAUGAAGCCUCGAAAAGCCGCAGAGACAUUCGCAAAAUCGCCAUCUGGUUCAACUUCGGCUCCGUCCAGAUCCGCGAACGAAGCCCCAUCUUCCAAGAAACAGAUGUGUUCCGACUCCCAUCUUGUAGCUUCCGGGAGCCCUGCAGGAUGCCCGACCGACUGCUCUGCCGACCCUGGACACCCGAGAAGCUGGAAUUCCUCACAUUACUAUCUACGGAAGCUUAUAUUGACGAAGAUGAACGGCGCGAACGUUCCAAGGCAGUCCUACGCCAAGUAAUAGUCGACCGCGAUCUAGAAACCUUCAAGCACAUGCUAGGUAUGAACAUCCGCGCUAAGAAUUAUGGCUAUGCAUUCCCCUGGCCUGUCAGACAGACGCAUUACCGCGUUGCGGCUAGGUGUGCUGUGUUGCGGAAUGACGAUCCAUUUUUGAAGAUUUUGUUUACGGAGCGCAGGGGGGAGGUUCCUCCAGGUGAUUCGAGUAUUAAGGCGCUCAUGGCGAAGUUUCAGCAGAAGGAGAGGGAACGGGAGAUGUCUGGGAAGUAA